AUGACCAACAUCCCAGUCAUCCCUCGUGGUGCGUUCACUGACCUGCGCCAGCUCCGGACACUCGUCGUCCUCCUCAACAAAGAUCUGACGACCAUCGCUCCCUUGGCUUUCGCCGGCCACCCCCUGCUGGAGAAAAUCACCAUCUCAGCAAACGAAGCGCUGAAGUCCAUUGGAGCGUUCGCCUUCUCCAACCUCCCCGAACUCCGAGAGAUAACCAUCACGUUGUCCAAACAUCUGAGGCACAUUGACGGGGACGCGUUCAAGAACCUCCCAAACCUGCAACGCCUGUUUAUAUCCAACACGGGACUUACCACGUUCCCCGACUUCUCCAAGAUCCACUCGGCCGCCGACUGCACGAUGUUUGACAUCCACGACAACAUCCACAUACAGGAAGUGCCCGCCAACGCCUUCAACGGCCUUUGUAGGGGUACCAUUAGGAAAAUACGUCUCACCACAAAUGGCAUCAAGAAGGUGGCGAAAGACGCCUUCAACGGCACCAAUCUGCACAGCCUGUCUCUGAGAGGCAACAGACAACUUGCCUACAUCCACCCCAACGCCUUUGAGGGUUCCAGCGACUUAGUGAUGAUCGACGUCUCCCACACGGCGCUCGACACCCUGCCAGUCGCCAUCCUGGGCCGACUCCAGUGGCUGACGGCGGAGUCGGCGUUCCGCCUGAAGGAGCUCCCCCCCCCGCGCUUGUACGGCAAGCUGCUCCACGCCCGGGUCACGUACCCGUCGCACUGCUGCGUCCUCCUCGGCCUGUACAAGAACAAUUCCGUGUGGCAUCCCCUGUGCUCCCACCCCAAAGCACGGGACGAUGCCGCCUUCUUCCAAGCCCACUGCGUCAACAUCAGCACCAACUGCACCCCCUUGCCGGACGCCUUCAACCUCUGCGGGGACAUCAUGGACACCGUGCCUCUGAGGGCCCUCAUCUGGAUCGUCUCUGUCCUCACGCUGCUGGGGAACAUGGCCGUGCUCCUGGUUCUGUUAGGCAGCCGCUCCAAACUGACGGUGCCGCGCUUCCUCAUGUGCCACCUGGCGUUCGCUGACCUCUGCAUGGGAGUCUACCUGGUCGUCAUAGCGACGGUGGACACGGCCACACGGGGCCACUUCUACAACCACGCCAUCUACUGGCAGACGGGCCCCGGCUGCGGCGCCGCCGGCUUCUUCACCGUGUUCGCCAGCGAGCUGUCUGUGUUCACGUUGACGGUCAUCACGCUGGAGCGCUGGCACACCAUCACGCACGCCCUGCGACCCGACCGCAAGUUGCGCCUGAGGCACGCCUGCGGGGUCAUGGCGGCCGGCUGGAUCUUCUCCCUCCUGGCAGCGCUGCUUCCCACCAUGGGGGUCAGCAGCUACAGUAAGGUGAGCAUCUGCCUCCCCAUGGACGUGGAGUCGGCGGCAUCUCAGGUGUACGUGGUGUCGCUGCUCCUCCUCAACAUCCUGGCCUUCGCCUGCGUGUGCGGCUGCUACCUCAGCAUCUACCUGACCAUGCGCAACCCGUCGGCGGCGCCGGCCCACGCCGACGCCAACGUGGCCCAGCGCAUGGCGGUGCUGGUCUUCACCGACUUCCUCUGCAUGGCGCCCAUCUCCUUCUUCGCCGUGUCGGCGGCGCUCAAGCUGCCGCUCAUCACCGUGUCGGACGCCAAGCUGCUGCUGGUCAUCUUCUACCCCAUCAACUCCUGCUCCAACCCCUUCCUCUACGCCUUCUUCACGCGCAGCUUCCGCCGCGACUUCUUCCUGCUGGCGGCCCGCUUCGGCCUCUUCAAGACGCGGGCGCACAUCUACCGCACGGAGAGCACGUCCUGCCAGCCGCCGGCGUGGACGUCCCCCAAGAGCAGCCCCGUCAACAACGGCAGGGAGCAGGAGAGCUGACAGGUGGACCCGCCCGCCUUCGCGAUGUCGGUGUAUCUGAACCUGGCCAGCAAACAUAGAUCAAUGCUGUCCCAACCUGUGAGUUACAUAACCCCUUUAAAGGCCUACUGAAAGCCACUACUAGCGACCACACAGUCUGAUAGUUUAUAUAUCAAUGAUGAAAUAUUAACAUUGCAACACAUGCCAAUACAGCCUUUUUAGUUUACUAAAUUGCAAUUUUUAAUUCAAUAUAUAUUUAAUAUUAAUUAACAUAAUUACACAGUAUUCUGGACAUCUGUGUUACUGAAUCUUUUGCAAUUUGUUCAAUCAAUAAUGGAGACGUCAAAGAAGAAAGAUGUAAGUGGGAAGCGACCGAUUAUAGCGGACAUUUUGAUCCAGCACCGACCCCAGCUAUAGGUCGUCUGCUUUAAUCGCAUAUUUACACAGUAUUCCGGACAUCUGUGUUGCUUAAUCUUUUGCAAUCUGUUCAAUUAAUAAUGGAGACGUCAAAGAAGAAAGAUGUAGGUGGGAAGCGACGGAUUGUAGCAGACAUUUUUAACCAGCACCGAUCCCAGCUAUAAGUCGCCUGCUUUAAUCCCCUAAUUACACAGUAUUCUGGACAUCUGUGUUGCUGAAUCUUUUGCAAUUUGUUCAAUUAAUAAUGGAGACGUCAAAGAAGAAAGAUGUAGGUGGGAAGCGACGGAUUGUAGCGGACAAUUUGAUCCAGCACCGAUCCCAGCUAUAAGUCGCCUGCUUUAAUCGCAUAAUUACACAGUAUUCUGGACAUCUGUGUUGCUGAAUCUUUUGUAAUUUGUUCAAUUAAUAAUGGACACCUCAAAGAAGAAAGAUGUAGGUGGGAAGCGACGGAUUGUAGCGGACAAUUUUUAACCAUCACCGGCCCCAGCUAUAAGUCGCCUGCUUUAAUAGCAUAAUUACACAGUAUUCCGGACAUCUGUGUUGCUGAAUCUUUUGCAAUUUGUUCAAUUAAUAAUAGAGACGUCAAAGAAGAAAGAUGUAGGUGGGAAGCGACGGAUUGUAGCGGACAUUUUGAUCCAGCACCGAUCCCAGCUAUAAGUCGCCUGCUUUAAUCCCCUAAUUACACAGUAUUCUGGACAUCUGUGUUGCUGAAUAUUUUGCAAUUUGUUCAAUUAAUAAUGGAGACGUCAAAGAAGAAAGAUGUAGGUGGGAAGCGACAAAUUGUAGUGGACAUUUUGAUCCAGCACCGAUCCCAGCUAUAAGUCGUCUGCUUUAAUCGUAUUAUUACACAGUAUUCUGGACAUCUGUGUUGCUGAAUCUUUUGCAAUUUGUUCAAUUAAUAAUGGAGACGUCAAAGAAGAAAGAUGUAGGUGGGAAGCGACGGAUUGUAGCGGACAUUUUGAUCCAGCACCGAUCCCAGCUAUAAGUCGCCUGCUUUAAUCCCCUAAUUACACAGUAUUCUGGACAUCUGUGUUGCUGAAUAUUUUGCAAUUUGUUCAAUUAAUAAUGGAGACGUCAAAGAAGAAAGAUGUAGGUGGGAAGCGACAAAUUGUAGUGGACAUUUUGAUCCAGCACCGAUCCCAGCUAUAAGUCGUCUGCUUUAAUCGUAUUAUUACACAGUAUUCUGGACAUCUGUGUUGCUGAAUCUUUUGCAAUGUGUUCAAUUAAUAACGGAGACGUCAAAGAAGAAAGAUGUAGGUGGGAAGCGACGGAUUGUAGCGGACAUUUUGAUCCAGCACCGAUCCCAGCUAUAAGUCGUCUGCUUUAAUCGCAUAAUUACACAGUAUUCUGGACAUCUGUGUUGCUGAAUAUUUUGCAAUUUGUUCAAUUAAUAAUGGACACCUCAAAGAAGAAUGAUGUAAGUGGAAAGCGACGGAUUGUAGCGGACAUUUUGAUCCAGCACCGAUCCCAGCUAUAAGUCGUCUGCUUUAAUCGCAUUAUUACACAGUAUUCCGGACAUCUGUGUUACUGAAUCUUUUGUAAUUUGUUCAAUUAAUAAUGGAGACGUCAAAGAAGAAAGAUGUAGGUGGGAAGCGACGGAUUGUAGCGGACAUUUUGAUCCAGCACCAAUCCCAGCUAUAAGUCGCCUGCUUUAAUCGCAUAAUUACACAGUAUUCUGGACAUCUGUGUUGCUGAAUCUUUUGUAAUUUGUUCAAUUAAUAAUGGACACCUCAAAGAAGAAAGAUGUAGGUGGGAAGCGACGGAUUGUAGCGGACAAUUUUUAACCAUCACCGGCCCCAGCUAUAAGUCGCCUGCUUUAAUAGCAUAAUUACACAGUAUUCCGGACAUCUGUGUUGCUGAAUCUUUUGCAAUUUGUUCAAUUAAUAAUAGAGACGUCAAAGAAGAAAGAUGUAGGUGGGAAGCGACGGAUUGUAGCGGACAUUUUGAUCCAGCACCGAUCCCAGCUAUAAGUCGCCUGCUUUAAUCCCCUAAUUACACAGUAUUCUGGACAUCUGUGUUGCUGAAUCUUUUGCAAUGUGUUCAAUUAAUAACGGAGACGUCAAAGAAGAAAGAUGUAGGUGGGAAGCGACGGAUUGUAGCGGACAUUUUGAUCCAGCACCGAUCCCAGCUAUAAGUCGUCUGCUUUAAUCGCAUAAUUACACAGUAUUCUGGACAUCUGUGUUGCUGAAUAUUUUGCAAUUUGUUCAAUUAAUAAUGGACACCUCAAAGAAGAAUGAUGUAAGUGGAAAGCGACGGAUUGUAGUGGACAUUUUGAUCCAGCACCGAUCCCAGCUAUAAGUCGUCUGCUUUAAUCGCAUUAUUACACAGUAUUCCGGACAUCUGUGUUACUGAAUCUUUUGUAAUUUGUUCAAUUAAUAAUGGAGACGUCAAAGAAGAAAGAUGUAGGUGGGAAGCGACGGAUUGUAGCGGACAUUUUGAUCCAGCACCGAUCCCAGCUAUAAGUCGUCUGCUUUAAUCGCAUUAUUACACAGUAUUCUGGACAUCUGUGUUGCUGAAUCUUUUGCAAUUUGUUCAAUUAAUAAUGGAGACGUCAAAGAAGAAAGAUGUAGGUGGGAAGCGACGGAUUGUAGCGGACAUUUUGA